UGAACCAGCAAUGCUCAGUUUCCUUCUCUAUUAAUCAUAAGUAAUACGGUAGAACAAAAUAUGAAAUCGAACCGAUUUUUUCCAAGUCAAUAUAUUCCUUUAAAGCAAAUAACAGUGAGUCAAUUUGGUUUGCACUUCUUCAGAAACGCGGAGCGGACCACCCCGGCCCGUGCCCCUCUUCGGUCGUCUCCCUUACCUUUUAACUAGCCAUACCGUCUCGGGUCAGGACCCUUUAGCUCCCCUCUCCCCAUGAAGACGCCGUUAAAACGGAAUUUCCUCCUUACCGUCCCGCGGACUCCUUGGCGCCAAAGCAUAAUAACGUCCCGUUACCACACCAGAGCCCAAUCCGUUAGACAGCUUAUCACAAGCUGCAGGGACCUCUCCUCUGCAGUCUCAACCCACUCUCACAUCUUGAAGUCCGGAUUCUUAAAUGACACUCUCACCGCUAAUCACCUCAUCAACUGCUAUGUCCGGCUCCGCACCAUCGAAUAUGCGCACCGACUAUUCGACGAAAUGCCCGACCCGAAUGUCGUGUCGUGGACUUCCCUCAUGGCAGGCUACACCGCUGUGGGCCAGCCCGAUAAGGCCUUGCAGCUUUAUGCUGAGAUAUACCGAGGUGCUGUGGUUCCGAACGACUUCACUCUCACGACGGCGGUGAAUGCCUGCUCGGUUCUUGCCGAGCUCGAGAUGGGCCGAAGUAUCCAUGCCCAUGUCGAGGUUUUGGAUCUACCAGACAACCUUGUUGUCUACUCUGCCCUCGUGGAUAUGUAUGGCAAAUGCAAUUGUGUCGACGAAGCUAGACGGGUUUUCAACUUGAUGGGUUGCAGGAAGAACGUCGUCUCCUGGACUUCGAUGAUCAGCGCAUAUGCCCAGAAUGCCCGGGCACAUGAGGCGCUUGGUCUUUUCAAGGAAUUUACUGAAAGUUCAGCUCAGAAUUCGCCGAAUCAUUUUAUGUUAACUAGUGUAAUCAGUGCCUGUGCAAGCCUUGGCACGUUAUCUUCAGGGAAAGCUGCUCAUGGGGCUGUGAUUCGUUUGGGAAGCGACACGAAUGAUGUCGUUGCAAGCGCCCUCGUGGACAUGUACUCGAAGUGUGGUUGUUUUAGUUACUCCAACAGAGUGUUCCGGAGAGUAGAGAAUCCCUCUGUCAUUGCCUACACUUCGAUAAUUAUUGGGUCCGCUAUGUAUGGACUCGGGAAGUUGGCCCUGGAGCUCCUGGCUGAGAUGGUGGCUAGGAACUUGCAGCCAAACGAUGUCACCUUUGUCGCGAUCUUGCACGCUUGCAGCCACUCAGGGUUUGUUGACGAAGGCCUCGAGUGCUUGAACUCAAUGCACUGGAAACACGGGGUGCUGCCAGACACCAGGCACUACACGUGCGUGGUUGACAUGAUGGGCAGGACAGGCAGGAUUGACGAAGCCUACUGGUUAGUAAAAUCUGUGAAUGUAACGAGGCCGGAAGAAAGAGGUCUCUUGUGGGGUACGCUCCUGUCAACGAGCAGGCUCCUAGGGAGGGUAGACAUUGCAGCCGAAGCCAGCAGGUGGAUGAUCAGAACCCAGCAGCAGGUGGGCGCUUACGUGGCAAUGUCCAAUGCGUACUUGUCCGUAGGGGACUGGACCAAUGCAGGCAGGGUCCGCACACAGAUGAAAAGAGCAGGGGUUAGGAAGGAGCCCGGCUGCAGCUGGGUUGAGAUCAGUAACACGACACACACGUUCUAUGCUGGGAACCUGAACUUCCCGAUGAGCGGGGAGGUUGUGGGUCUGCUAAGAGAGAUGGAAGCGAGGAUGAGGGAGAUGAAAAAUGAGCCUGAGACUACAUGGGAAAUACACAAUUGUAAGGGCUGCCCCAUUCUCAGUUCAAGUGGCAGAUCUGCAGAAGCAACAAAUACAUAUUGACACAACAUAAGGACAGGUUUCGGACCAUCGAAACUGAUGUUUUUCAUUUUGAGAACCAUCUAUACAAUGAAUCACAGCUUUCUUAGAA